AUGGCAACCAAACUUAACCUCAUUGUUUUCUCCAUUGUUAUGUUACACCACCUUAUGUCUGUCCAAAUGCAUCCGAUACACUCUACGUCACCUGCUCCACAACCACAUCCACCAAAGUCGUCUCAACCGCAUCACAAUAGCUCUCAAAAUGGUACUACCGAAGGCAGUCUUCAGCUCCAAGAGUGUAGACCACGGUGUGGACAUAGAUGCUCGAAUACACAAUAUAAGAAGCCAUGUUUGUUCUUCUGCAACAAAUGUUGUACCAAGUGCUUGUGUGUGCCUCCAGGUACUUAUGGCAACAAGCAAGUUUGUCCUUGCUACAAUAACUGGAAGACUAAGCUUGGUGGGCCAAAAUGCCCUUGA